AGGCUAUAAAGUCUUGUGACUGUUGGCCGGGGAAAAAAUUGAUGAGAAAAAUGGCGAACCGAAGUUUAGAAGUUAAUUAUUUUGUGUAAAAUGUUUUUUUAAAUCGAACUUAAUUUGUUAUUUUAUAAUAAAAUGUCGACGCCCAUGUCAAAUCGUAAAUAUGGAGCCCAAAAAAUUAGGCUAACUAUUAUAUGUGCAAGGAAUUUGGUCCGAAAAGAUCUCUUUCGUUUGCCAGAUCCUUUUGCCAAAAUAUCAGUCGACGGCAGUGGCCAAGUAUAUUCAACAAAUACAGUGAAAGCAACACUUGAUCCAAAAUGGAAUACACAUUAUGAUCUUUAUUUAAGCAAAGGAGAUGGAAUUACCAUAAGUGUAUGGAACCAACGCAAAGUCCACAAAAGGCAAGGGUCUGGUUUUUUAGGAUGUGUUCGUAUACAACCAUCAACUGUACAUAAGCUAAAAGAUACAGGAUACCAAUGUCUAGAACUCUGUGAAGAUGGACAGUCUGGUGAGACGUGUGGAGUCAAAGGCCAGGUCAUAAUUUCUCUUAUGUCAAGAGAUAGUGCCCGUGGGGAGCCCGCCUCUGCAGCCGGCGAGGGUUCUCCAUUGGCAGUUGUUGGUCCUGCAGGAGAAGUUCGACCUCCUAGAGAACCAGUAGUCAGUCCAAACCCCUCUCAGCUGAGUUUACCACCUCAUUGGGAGGAGAGAUUCACUUCUAGUGGAAGGCCUUACUUUGUAAAUCAUUCGACACGUCGCACUCAAUGGGAGCGUCCAACAUCUGAGGGCUCAGAAUCACCAUCCCCUCCAACAUCUCCGGCACUUGUCCCGAGUCCAACCACUUCACCUACGUUAACAAGUGCACCUUCCUCUCCUGGUUCUGAUACUGACGUGAAUCCUGCUACAACAAUAUCCUUGAGACCAGAACCCCAGCCACAGACUGCAGUACGUCGACAACCCGCAACUUGUACGCCUCCGACCAGCCCUUCAUCUCCCACCACUCCUAACACAGCUGCGCCUGCUCCGAUAUCAGCUACAGAUUUACCUCCAGGAUAUGAGAUGCGCACAACGGCGCAGGGCCAGGUUUACUUCUACAACAGCGCUACUGGAGCGUCGACGUGGCACGACCCGCGCGUGCCGCCGCACCUGCGGCACUGCGCGGCGGCGGCGGGCCCGCUGCCCCCCGGCUGGGAGAUGCGACACGCGCCCUCAGGACGACCCUACUUCGUGGACCACAACAACCGCACCACGCAGUUCACUGACCCCCGGCUCGCGCUCUCCGCUAGGCUUACGAACGAACCUGCUCCAACGAGUACUGCGUCUUCGGUGGCAUCACCAGCGACGGUUUCGCUCUCGUCGUCCGCCACAGCCCCGGGCGCCGCGCCGGAGCCCCCGGACACUGACGCGCUACCUAAAUACAAACGGGACCUUGCUGCUAAAGCGCGAGUACUGCGUGCUGAACUGCAAGCAUUACAACCCCAGACUGGACAUUGCAGAAUAGAGGUAUCUCGAAACGAAAUAUUAGAAGAAUCAUAUCGACUCGUAAUGAAACUUAGAGGUAAAGAACUUCGAAAGCGGCUGCUGGUCAAGUUCCGUGGUGAAGAAGGACUCGACUACGGCGGGGUGGCAAGAGAGUGGCUUCAUCUCUUGGGAAGAGAGCUGUUCAAUCCUCAUUAUGGACUAUUUCAAUAUGCAAAUGCUGGUGAAGAUAGAUAUGCACUACAAAUCAAUUCUGAUUCAGGAGUAAAUCCGGAACACUUAUCGUACUUCCACUUUGCGGGCCGCAUCCUGGGCGUGGCGUUGUUCCACGGACAUCAAUUAGACGCGGCCUUCACAGCUCCUUUCUACAAGCAACUCCUAGGGCGACCUAUAACUCUGCGAGAUAUCAAAGAUGUUGAUCCUGAAUUGCAUCGAUCGUUAUCAUGGAUGCUUGACAAUAGUAUUCAAGGCGUGAUUGACACGACAUUUUCUGUGGAAUGUUCUUCGUUCGGCGCCGUCCGCAGCGUAGAGCUGCGCCCGGGCGGCGCCACCGAGCCCGUGACGGACGGGAACAAGCGCGAGUACGUGCGACUAUACGUGGCGCACAGGUUCACUCGAGGCGCCGAGCGGCAGUGGCUGGCGCUGCAGCGCGGGCUGGCGGACGUGGUGCCGCCGCAGCUGCUGCGGCCGCUGUCGGCGCGCGACCUGCAGCCGCUGCUGGCCGGCCGCGCCGACCUCGACCCCACCGACUGGCGCCGGCACACGCGCCUCAAGCACCUCGCGCCCGACUCCGCGCUCGCCCAGUGGUUCUGGGAGAUCGUCGACGAAUUCGACCAGGAGAUGCGCGCUCGCCUCUUGCAGUUCGUCACCGGAUCGCGACGAGUGCCCCUCGCCGGAUUCAGGGCUCUACAGGGUUCAACUGGUGUGGCGGCUCCGCGACUGUUCACACUGCACCUGGUUGCGGACGCGACUCCGGAUUCUCUGCCGAAAGCACACACGUGCUUCAACCGCCUCGACCUACCUCCCUAUCCGACCAAGCAGAAACUGCACGACAAAUUGAAGCAAGCUAUUCUCGAGACCGCCGGAUUCGCUGUCGAAUGACCGACGAAAACGGGUAAAUUUACCGGUUAAAUUAUUUGUACGCACAAAAUUAUUUGAGGACAUAAGAGCGAAGGUGGCCUAAGUUGUUUUUUAAUUAAAAAGUGUGCUCGAAACGGUAUACCUUGUGUCAUAAUAUCUUAAAAUUAGCUAGAGUUAGGCAACAUAAAGCAAGUAAUACUAAAAAUUGAAGAAGAUAGGCCUUCCUUGAAAUUGUAAACUACUGUGUAUAACACAUACCAUAUUAUGUAAUUACGUCACUAACUCUUGUGGCCUCAUUUAAUCAGUCAUUACAAAAUGGGAUACUGUCGCAAUUUAUAUAUAGUAUAGAAAUUUAGUGUCUUUAAAGAUUGGUACAUAUUUUAACUAAAAUGGUACUUAGCUCGAAACAAACAUUAGAGAGAUCAUUGCAUUCCGCUAUAACAAGUAAUGUGUUCACGAUAAUUUGGGUUACAUAAAUUAUUAAAUAAAAUAAAAUUUUGUGAGCCUGCACAAAUCUGUUCUGGGUCCAGGCCUCAGUGCUUAUCUAAAAAAAACUGCACUCUAGAAUAUCAUAUAAAAUGGCCAUUACAGAUGAUCAAAAUUUUUUGAACUUUGACCUUUUUUGAUGAAGAUUUCUAGGUAACGAUAAUUGAAACAAAAGGUACAGGAAAUAAGUAAAAUAAAAUCUUCAAAUAAAAGAAAUAAAUAAUUUUACACGAUCACAAGAGAUGUUGUUAAUAACGUCAGACAAUAACUUCUAGCGUUUUAGCAGGAUAUUGCUUAGAAAUAUCUGGUUUAUUUAUAAAUUAAAUUAUUAUCAUAUUAUUUUAUAUAUGAAAUUCGUUUCGUAUAAAAAAAUAUUGGUUAAAUUAAUUAUAUGAUCUAUAAAAUAAGAACAGUUUUAAAAUGUUUGUCGACAUCUCUAUUAAGCUACUCCAGAGUCUUAAAUUGCGAAUGUCCAUGACAAUUUGACACGAGAACCAUGUGAUGUCUACCAUCAAAUGCACUAAAAAGCCGUAAGCCCUAUAAAAUAUAUCAAAUUCGACAAGUUGGCUGUUCGUUAUCGGUAGCUUUUCUAAUCAAGACUGAGAAUUUUGUGACAAAAGUGCAUUGUUUAUUAUAACUUUGCAAAUCAAGGCUUUGCAAUUGAAAUAUUAACUUAAAUUCCAGUAACAUUAUAUAAUCUGUUCAGUUUUCUGGUUCGUUGACUUAUCUUUGGUGAUGGUCACGACGGUAUCACCUUAAAAAGAAACGUGUAUUUGUUGUAAAUUUCAAGAUUGUUGAUACUAAUACCAAAUAAAACGGACCUAUAAUUACAAAGAUAAAUGUCGCUUAAACCAAAUAGCCUUUCACCCCUCUAUAUUUAUUUAAAAUAAAACAUUGCUUAGAUACAUACAGGAUAGUAUUUUCGAUAUCAUAAUUCAAAAGUCAGUGACCUUAAUCUAAAUAAAAUACUACUAAAUGUUGCCAUCCCGUAUGAGUAGUUUACAAAUAAUAGUAUAUAAAAUAUAAAGUUCUUACUAAAAUGGAUAUUUAAUUUUUUUUGUAGAAUGUAGGCCAUGUUUUCCUUUAAGGCGAUACCGUCAUUCCCAUUGUGUGUACUACACUUCCAAUGAAUUGUAAUAAUUUAUGUUUUUAAUAAUCUUCCAUAGAAAGAAUAAAUGGUCAAGUACACAUUCAUAAAAAAUAUAUUAAUGAGUAGAUAGAUAGAUACACAUAUUUUCUUUUAUUUCAUUUUUUUUGAUACAAUUACAGAGUCUCUCAAUAUAGAUAACUUUUAUUGACAGUAACGAGCAAAUGUACUACUCGUAUAUUUACAGCUAGUGCAAUGCAAAAAAAUAGUAUAAAAUUUAAGCAUACAAAAUGCACCUCUACUGACAAACAACAAUCAAUCUGAAUCGGUCAGUGUUCAGGGUUCAUCGAACUCAUAUUACGUUUUACAGCUAAUAAAUAAUUCAUCUAUUAAAUAUUAUUGGUCAAACGAAACAAUGGAAAACUAAUGUAUACCUAGUUUAACUCGUGUCAUUAAGGCCUAAUUUAGUUCAACUAUCUUUGGUUAUUGGUUGUUUGAUAUGUAGUGUUAUGUGUGUGUGUAUAUGUAAAAAAAUCUUUUUUUUUUUUUUUUUAAAACUACGUAUUUGUGUACAAAAUAUACCAAUGUUACUGACAUAUGGAAUAGGUAAGUUUAUUAGUACAAAACGAUAUUAUAUAGGUAUAAAACAAAAUUUGUGAAACUUUUUUGUCUCAGCUAAUGCUCAGUUUUGUGGUGCCUUAUAAAAACACGGAUAUUGUAUUGUUUCAUUUGCAUAGACAAUAUUGAUAUUAUAAACAAAAAUGUGUAUUAAAAGCGUUCCCGAAAACGAAGAAAUGUUUUAGCACUGGUGAUUUCCAACACAUUAAACCUGAAAAAGGUGGGUUACCUCAGUAAUGCUUUUUGCGUUCGAGUAUUGUCUAAGAAAAUUUUAAUGAUUUUAGACUCCACUACGUCUGUUUACAUAAAUGUUAAAUUUGGUAUUAUUAUAAUUAUUCAUUUUUAUUGAAAAUUAUGUAUAUUUGUUUCAAUGUAAUCAAAACAAAUUUUACAAUCAAAAGAUAAAGAAUAUCCCUCCGCCCGCCAAGCUUGCUUAGGUAUUAUUUGAAAGCAACCUUGCACGCAACGCAAUACAAUCCAAAAGCGACUAUCUUGAUGAAUAUAAAAGAGGCAACGUUUUCUAAUACGAUAUGUCGAUCAAAAUAUAAUCUAAUACGAUUUAAGAUUUCGAAUACCAAAUGUUUUCUAAUACGACCUAACUGAAAAAUAAACGUUUCCGGCUUUAGAUUACUCGAACAUAAUGCCUAGUACUUCCAUUGAGGUUCGAAAUGAGUCUUCGGUAGGGCGCGGCUCAGACUUACCCCUAGCAUUGAUGGGUUCGUGCUGCCUUUUAGGGCAAUAAAAUUCAUGUAUUGUAUCAUAUUAAUAUAAUUCUCCGUUGGAGUAAGUGCUUGUGCACACCACGUUUUUUAAGCGCGCCGUCGACGCGCUUUUAUCCUACAGAGCGGUUUGUUGUCGUCUGUAUCGAUACAAACGCGCGUCGACGGUGCGUUUUUAUCCCACAGAAUGAUUUCUUGUCGUUUGUAUCGAUACAAACGUGAUACAAACGCGCGUUAGCAUGACGUCUGUAUCGAUUCAAACGCGUAUUUGAAUUUGUACAGGUGUGCAAAGGGUUACAGGCUGCGUCUGACUUGCGUGCGUAUCGCGUCUGUAUCGCUACGAACGCGCGUCGACGGCGCGUUUAAAAAACGCGGUGUGCACAGGCCCUAAGAGUAGUGAUUUAUUCCCAACUCGACAUCGGGAAUGGUUUACUUACACACAGUUAAUUCACUUUAAACGACUGACGGUUGUACUAUAUUAUUCGUAUUAAUUUUAAGAAUUCUUCCAUUUACUGUUUAUAUUAUGUUAAGAUUGUAUUUUUAUAAUUUAAUGUAACCGUUUUUAUUCUGUAAAUUUAUACUUUUGUGAAUUUUAACUUUUCUAUGAUUUAUAAACUACACUGAUCAUACCACAAAACAAACUAAUCAAAUAAAAUCGGAACUAGACUUUGUAAGGAAGAUACUUGUAAAUCAAAACAUACAAAAGUACACUAAAAAUAAAUUUAAUUUCUCAAACAAAACUAUUAUGAUAGAUAAUGUUCAAAAACAAACUACAUAUUAAUAAUUGUAUUGUAUUUUUUUUAAUGAAUUGUCUAAUAAAUAAUGCGCAACAUAAAAGCAGUAGACAUAAUGAUUUUAAAUCUAUUCUUUUUAGUUUUUUAUCCGUUUCUUUAUUGUUCAGACUUUUGUAUAUUUUGCCUAAUUUAAUAAUAUUUGUCUUAAGUCUGUAAGUACUCUGAGAACAACAGUACGUGUUCAGGUGUACAUUACAAAUCAUUAAUAACAAUUUAUACAAAAUGAAUUUCAUUUAAAAAUUGUAAAACUCAAUACUAUGAAUUAGUUAAAACAAGUGCCUUUUACCUGUUGCAGGGCUGUUAGUUGUAAUUUAAAGUAACAAGGACUAUCGCUUAACCGAGAAGUUCACUGAGGUACUGGCAUGGUGCAGGAGCGACAGAGCUAUUCUAAAAUGAUUUUUAUUUUGAAUAAUACAAAGUUCAUAGUUGGAAAACUUAGUUGAAUCUAUUUUGGUUGUGUUAUUACCAAUAAAAGUAACCCAGGUGGCAACUUCUCAACUUGAAAUUCAACACUCUCCCCUUUUUCCCCCCUACCUAUUCGCUUUAGCCUAAGGGGCUAUUCCAGUUACGCGCGGACGGGUAGGUGAGCUCACGGGCUCAAUUUGAGAGAAUUUGCUAACACUAGCCAUAGUAAGAGCAGUGCUUCGCAGAUUCUCCGGCCGGAUCCUAAUCGCGAUCCAUCUAUUCACUUUAACUACAUUUGUAUGGCUCUUGUACUUCAAUAAUAUGCGCUUUGUGACUCCUCACGCCAUCAGGACCUCGCAUAAAACUGACAGCACUCUGCAAGAUUAGCGAUAGGCCUAUAGUGAUGUUAUCGUACUCGCUGUCGUAGAGUAUAGUAACAACUAAAUCUGUGGGUACUGAAAUGUAAAAAUGUCGGACCGCGCAGAUGUAGAUACUAUGUUAUUGGAUAUUUUCGUUGAUUAGUAAAGAUAAUUGUCUAUUUACUAUUGUUCUGUUCCGACAGAGGCGAGCCUUAGAGAUAUAAAAUAUUUAUUAGCCAUAGACAACUUAUAUUUAAAUCAUAUUAAAUAUUUUUGCACUAUAAGACUGUUUUUAUUCAAUAUUUAUUAUAACUACAAAUAACAUUUCACUGCGUUCAUCCACAGUAGUUUCCAGAGAUCAUUUUUGCACCAUCCGGCUUUGGAAUGAACUCUCCCCUCUACAGUGUUUCCCAGGCACUAUGAUAUGUCCUUCUACAGAUGAGACUUCCGGAGAGCAGCGGUAGGCAGCGGCUUGGCUAUUCGCCUGCUAUUGCUGGCGUGCAUGAGCGACGGUAACUACUCACCAUCAGGUGGGCUGUAUGUUCGUCUGCCUACAAGAGCAAAAAAAAACCUUACUAUGCGCGGUAUGAUGUGCGAUAUAGCGUCCAACAGUUUCUGGCAUCGUUGUGUGAAGGUUAGGCGAUCGAAACUUGUGUCUGAAGUGGGGAACUCUGGAACAUGUCUCGGAACAUGGUGAAUUGAAAUCAGUUCAAUUCAACCUAUUGAAGAUACGGGUUUUUUUUUCGGCCUGCUGCCGGAUUGGAACGCGAUACACUGCCCGCCGGGUUGUUCUUUCACAGUGUGUUCGGGGACGACAGCGACAACGGCAAUUCGGACCGCAGCCGACAACGCGCCGUCCCAUCCUCCUAGUGCCAACACGCUAAAAUGACGGUAGCGUGCAGCGCAGCCUCGAUCCCCUCAGGUCGCCCUGUGACUAUCACCGGGAGGAGAUUGCCUUGUCACAGAGGUCGGAGCUGGACGAACAUCCUCCUCCGACCCCAAGCUCGAGAGCAGCGCCACGGCGCCGAGGGGGAAGAAGAGCUCUCCCUCUCCCGUUCCGUCGCCUCCUUCUGCGAGAUAGUGGACUCGCAGCAUUCGAGCAUCACCUGCCAGGACUCCUCGCUGUCGAGCAUCGUAGCCACGACGGUCGGAAGCGACAAAUCUGGUCCUAAUUUUGCAAUAAGGACGCGGCGCUGCUCCGAAAAGGCGGGGCAGUAUAUACGCAACCGUGUGCUCCGCCGUGUCCUCGUUACAUCCACUACAGUGGUGGCACUUCGGCGUCGGCUUCCUUCGGGCGGCGAGGUGCAGGUAACGGCCGAAAUAGACGUAUCCCGUAAGCACCUGCGUCGUUGAGACGUCCUUGGUCGCGAUUCAAUCAAUCCGAGAGGACCGGGCGGAUCGCCUUCACCACGCAUCGAGCACGGCACGCCGAAAUUGAAGCUUCCGCACUCGAAUUUCUGCCGUGCCAGGACGCGGUUCGCCCUUGAAGCGGAGAUCGCAUCGCCACGCGUAAUCCGCAGCGAGCGCCUCCGAUUCCAGGUCCCAGAGAGGCGUCCCGGCAAGCACGCACGCCGCCUCGACCGAAACGGUGCGGUACCCGCGAACCGCCUUGAUUGCAAUUGCGGGCUGCGGACGUCGCGGGACCUUUGAGGUGAAGCUCUCCGGGCUCCGUAAAACAACAGGGCCUAGGAUUUCUCGAGUACCGCCUCCAGACCCAGCCUUCGGAUCCUGCCGACGGCGAAGGCAUUGAAGAUACGGGCUUACGUUCACUGAGAAGGAGCCUUUUAUUUUAGUGCUGUACACAAUACAUUUCCAGCAUUAUUUUUUGCUACGUACCAUCAUUCAUCAUUUUUUUUAAUUAAGUUCCCUCCACGGUGUUUGUUAGCGCUAUGAUAUGUGUUUCUUCAAACGAGGUUUGAAGUUUGUUAAAUUUUGGCACUGUAUAAACAAUGUUCCCUUUGCUUGUUCAAUUGAGUCACUUAAAAAAAAAACUAAAAGUUGAUCUUGAGUUUUGUAUUCUUCGACUGCUUGACGUGAUUUUGGUUUUUAAAUAGUGCACUCUACACACGCUUUUCUUUUCUUGUAGUAGUAAUUCACGUAGUUCUUGUGAAAGUGAAGUUGUUGUUAAAAAGGCAAGUGCAAAAUUGUUUUUUUCCAAAAGCAAAUUCAAUUAAAAUCAGUGACAAUGCCAACGAGUGCCGUGUAUCAACCUACGACGGUAACGUACGAGCAGCAGCCUAAUGAUCAACGGUGGAAUUGUCCCAUCAGCUACUUUUCACGACGUGUGACAAGUAGUCUGAACCGGGCCGUUUGUUUGCGCAUAGGAUUGUGUUUAUUGGGCAGCACUUUUUGCGUUAUUGGUUUGGCACUGCUCAUAGCUGGCAUCGUACAGUAUUCGAACACACCAGACACAACGCCAACAGGAUCAGACAAUGGGCUGGGAACGCUGAUUGCGGGUGGUGUUAUAUUGCUUCUUGGAUUAAUAUUUGCCGCUUUCGGUGCUUGGAUAUGGUCGUCGCGGCUGACAGGCGGCAAGGAGGCGCCCAGCAGUGGUGCGGCUGGGCUGACUGCCCUAAACCCGUCCACGGACCCCCUGGUGGCGGCUCAGUAUGCGCCCGUCCGAGACGCCCCGCCCGCUCCUGACGAUGAGAUGCGCAACCUCAUGGACAAUAAAGAAUGCUUGAGCAGCGCGGAAGAAAGCGACAAGAUGUUGGACGGGAGGCCAAGUGUGGCCUAGGCGUUUACUUUCAACGCAACACAGUAUUCCGCGAGUGCUUAGGCUAGUCUCGGAUAUUCCUACUGUAAAACUCAAACAAUAAUAUGGUAUACUACAUUCGAAAUACCGGAUUCUCGUGAGACAGCUACAAGUUACAUUUAAUGUAUAUUUAAUAUCCACCUUUCGUGUCCGUAACAUUAAAGUUGAGUUUUUUUUUUUUUGUACAGAUUAUAUUAGUUAUAGACAAGAUUUGCUUUGCCGCUAUUUAUUUUUACAGUUUACCAAUUUUGGACUCUUUAAAUAUGUACUUAAGGGUCUAGUUCGCGAAAUCGAUACGUGUUCUAAUCAUGUUUACGACUCGCUAAAACUGUUGUGUUUCCAAUUUUGAAAAACCAUGGAUACACAUUCUCGUUUAUUAAUCACAGUUAUAUUACUUAUCUUUUUUUUUUGUGGCACCCAAUGUUCAAUAUCCAAUUAUAUAAUAUUUUCAAUUGAUUAAAUUCCUUACAUAUACACAAUGUAUAUUAAUAUCAUAAGUGUUUGAAGUGUUCAGAUAGCGGUACUUAAUACGAACUUUUAUCUUAUUAAAUUCACCUCACUCACGGUUCGUUUAUCGACAUUCGAUAAACUAAAGAUAUUGUCUAAAUUGAUUAUUGUAAUUAGUAAAAGACAUGUGGCCAAACUAUCGUCCAUAUUCACAAUACGUUUAUUCAUAAAAGUAAUGUUUAAAUAUAAGUUUAUCAUAUGAUCUUAAAUAAAUAUAAGCCCCCCGUCACAUAAGUUUAGAACGUUUUUAUUUUACGAGUAAAUACUAUUUAUUAAUGCAUGUAAUUUCAAAAGAUGCUUAAAUACUUUAACCCUUUUCUUUUAAUGAAAUCCAAGCUCAUUUUUAAUUUUAAUAUAUUUUUAUUAAGCCGUCCCUUGUAGUUAUAAGCGUGUGUAUUGUAUUUCUAGCGGUAUUAUUACUUAUCAAAUGUUUAUAUGUUUCAUGUACGAAAAAUAUUAGUACAAUGUCUUAUAUUAUAUGUAUUAAAUGAGUUCAUGAAUUCUUCUAAAUAUUUUUUUUAUUAAUCCGUACUAAAUAGAAGUUUUCUUUGUAACUGCAAUAUUAACAGAUGUGUGAAUUAUGGAAUUUUCUGAUAAAAUGCAUACAGUUUCCGGCAAACAUCUUCAAUACGAAUUGGCGCAAUUCAGAAAAGUGCAAGUACAAACCUUCAUUAAUAAUUCAACAUAUUUUUCCCUAAAUCAAGUAAAUAUUAGUAAUAACACUUUUUUGAAAAGUUAAAAUGUUCAAUUACUAUUUGCACAGAUUGUCAUUUUAAGCUGUAUUCUAAUAGGACCUAAUUUGAUCGGAAAUUGGUAAGAAGAGAUAAAAAAAAGUAUUUCAAUUUCGACCAACUGUAUCUAUAUUUCUGUAAACAUUUCUACAUUCCGCCUUUUAAUCUUCGAAUAUAAUAUUAUCUGCAAAUACAAUUUUCUAAUGAUAUUAUGAUUAAUUGUUGAAACGUUGGAAUUUAGCUGGAUUUCGGUUAUCUCUUACAGCAUUAGAUCUAUAGUAGUAAAAGCAGAGCUGGUUCAAUAUUUUCAUAAGAAGUUGUAUAGCGAUAAUGAUUAUUGUGCGCGCGAGUGUACUUAUUUGCGAGGUAACGGAACGUGGGCGCCGCGCGGUAAGAAAGCGUCGACUGAUUAUUAUAUUUAAACUAUAACCAAUUAUUGUACGAUCGUAAGGAUAUUUUCUCACUCCGCCGCCCCGCACCCGGAAAAGACAAAUAAAAAAACUAAUUCUAAACAGCCAAGAUGUUUGCUGACAACUGUACUUAGUAUUAGUUUACUCAUUGCUCUCUUUUAAUAUAAAAUAUAUUUUUUUUGCAACAAAAUUGUGAAAGUAGUUUUAUUUUGAAUAAAAUUGUAAUUUUUUGCUGAAUUUUUUUUACUAUGAAUUUUUUUCGAUCCAAUUCACAUGAUUAUUGAAACAUAUUUUAUGAAGCAUAUACAUAUAUUUUUAUUUUAUUUUUGUGAAAAUUUUAUAUGAAUUUUAUUGGUGCAAUUGUAAUUUAAUUUAUUAUUCCUUUUCAUUGCCAGAAUUGUGUGCGAAAAGUUGCACUACUGAAAUCUAGUAAGAAACCACCUUAUAUGUGCAUUUCAUUUUUAUUUUAGUCAUUUUUUAUUGUGUGAUCGGAUACCUAAUUUAUUCAAUACGUUUAGUGCGUUCUAUAUUACGUAUUUUUUUUUAAUCUUUAUUAUGUACUUAAGCUAAAAUUUUAUCUCAUUUAAUAUAACAGUAUAUGAAAUAAAAAAUUAGUAACGAAAA